AAUACAUUAUAUUUUAUAAUAAAAUUUAUUGUAUUUAUUUUAUAAUAAUUUAAAUUGUAUCAACAUUUCAACUUUUUAUCCUUACAUUAUACUUUUUUUUUUUUCCUAAAACAUUUUUUUUUUCUAACGUCUGUUGUAGGACACUUAAAUACGUCAAAUGUGUCCUACUUUGGACACCCAGAUGUAUUUAUUUAGAAUUUAAUUCCCUUUGUCCUUGAGCCGUGAGCAACUAAAAUGUAAGCAAACAAUACGCUCUCUCAACACUGUAUUGAAAAUGUCUAAAAGAUAUUUGUCUCCACCUGGUGGUGGUCCUUGUUAGUUGCAGCCAACAGUUGUGCAUUAUAUUGCCAUUGUUUUGGGGGGAAAAAGAAUCUCAGUUCUUACAGUUUUUACCCUUUUGAAGACUUAAUCUUCUCACUCAUUGUGAAAGUAAGCAUCUACGGUGACAAUGAGAUGAAUCAGAAAAAAUGUGGGAGAGAUUGGACAGCAGGCAAAGAGGUGGCUCUGUUUGGUGGAAGGAAGGAUGCGGGCGGAGAAGGUGUUGAGGAUGAGUGCAUGACGUGUCGGUAAAGACAUCAGUCACUGUUGGAGCACCGGUCUAUCCUGCACUGACCCAUUUUAUCAUCUGAGAAGAGGCUGUUGAAUAAUAGAAGAGUAGAAAAGAUGGAUGAGAGUAAGGCUGUCUUCCUCUUGUUCCUUUCCCUUUCCCCUGCAGUCCCUGUUCUUGACUCUCCUGCCUCCCCCCCCCUCCCCUUUUUAAUUUUAACUCUGGGACAAAAAAAGGAUUUAUAAAUAACUCAGAUUUUUUUUUUAGGUGCCUUGCUGACGUGCGGGAAACGUAGUAUGUAUUGGAUGGGUGUGCAAGCAAUGUGUGUGUGUGAUGAGAUCUUUCCAGCAAUGGCCGCAUACAGAAAAUUGAAGACUUGAUCGCUGGAACAACAGGCUUUUAUUGCAGAAAAGAAGAAAAGCUACAAGUGAUGGAGGAUGGAUGGUGGUAGUGCUGUCUCUUUAAAAGUGGAGUGUGCUACUGAGCAGAAGGAGGGGGGGCUGGUUGGCUGCAUUGGAACAGUCCUCUGUAAUGAGCAGAUUUUCGAGGAGAGAGAGAGAAAGAGAGAGAGAUAGAGCACUCCAGAGAUCCAUCCAUAGGAUAAAGAAGAAACUGUGGGAGAGCAAGACGAGCAAGGCAAGGAAGGCAACGUUGUGUGCGUCAGCCGCUUCUCCACAGGGAAGCUUGAUGAGCAGGAGAUGCUGAAGAAGAGGCCGAGAGCAAAACAGGAUCAUAUAGAUGGAUGUUAUCUCAUCAAGCAGGCACACUGAAAGGCAACCCACGCACGGGAUAAACCACUUAUGGACGCAGUGGAUUAAAGACCUGCGUACAGACUAAAAAGAGAGAGAGAGAGAGAGAGGGGGACAGGAGGAACACGGGAGAAGAUAUUCAUCUAUUUACUUAUUUAUCUUCAUUGUGUGCGGACGCAUUUGUGUGUGUGUGUGUGUGUGUUUUAGAAAGGCUGACUGCAUUGCUGCUUUAUGAAACCAAACGGCAGACAAAAAAGCAGCCCGGCACGUUUAUUUUUAUUUUUGUUUAUUUUUCUGUCCAUUGUUUUUCUAAGUAUGUGUGCUUUCUGUGUGUGUUUGUGUUGAUGACAAAAGUAUGCAAUAUAUAUUUAUAUAUAUAUAGUACUGCAAAAGUGCAAUUAAGACUAUUUUUUUUUUAUUGAUGUCCAGUCAGGGCCUCGGUCCUGAGUGUGAAAACCUUGCAUGUUUGAAGAACUGCCAUUCAGGGAGUCUGAUCUUCUCCACACAAGAAGAGGAAAAGGAGGAGGCUGAAAACAGGAAAUGAGUGUUGUGGACCGUGCGGACGGGCCCAUGGCGGACCUGCUGUAGCUUCCACCUCUAAGUUCCAUUUCCUGCCAAGAGAGAAUAAUGGCAGUACCGGGGACCACCUUCCUCUUCUCUCACCUCUGCACCUGAUGCAGAGGAGCCUCAUGCACGUCGCAAGGGGGUGCCGCGAAGGGGCGCCCGCCAGGAGGAUGGUGUGAAGCAUCGUCCAGGAGACGCCGUGUGUUUUAACGCCGAUGUGCAGGAGCUGCCUUGUUUCUUCUUCGUCUGCUCGCAAAGCCGACAGCACCGGAGGAGCGCAGAGGCUGGUGUCGAACUGAGUGGGAGUUCUCUCCCAUCCCACUCACAUACACCUCCCUCUUCUUCUCCUCACUCGACCUCCACCUCCAACCUCAAGCUCCCAUGGACCGGUGCUAGCUCCAACCUGUCCUCCUUUCUUGUCCCUGUGUUUUCUUUUUCUUUUUUGUUUCUUUUUGUCGAGGCUUCAGGGGAAUUGCCAAGAUCUGUUUCAUGCAUGUCCACUGGAGGCAGAUUCAACUUUGACGAUGGGGGGUCAUACUGCGGAGGGUGGGAGGAUGGCAAGGCGCACGGCCACGGCAUAUGCACGGGACCCAAGGGCCAGGGGGAGUACUGUGGGUCUUGGGCCCACGGCUUUGAGCUGUUGGGCGUCUACACUUGGCCCAGCGGGAACACUUACCAGGGCACCUGGGGACAGGGCAAGAGGCACGGCGUGGGCGUCGAGAGCAAGGGGAGAUGGGUCUACAAAGGGGAGUGGACGCACGGCUUUAAGGGACGCUACGGCGUACGGGAGAGUACCGGGAUGAGCGGGAAGUACGAGGGGACUUGGAACAAUGGGCUGCAGGACGGAUACGGCACCGAGACGUAUUCUGAUGGAGGCACAUUCCAGGGCCAGUGGGUCGGUGGGAUGCGGCACGGCUACGGCGUUCGCCAAAGCGUCCCGUACGGCAUGGCGGCCGUUAUUCGCUCCCCUCUCCGUACCUCCAUCAACUCCCUCCGCUCCAGUUCGGAACACAGCAAUGGUACAGCUCUCCUCGACAGGACCAGUGCGGUUGUUCCUGUUCCUCCCCCGGUUCCCGGCACUCUGUCCACCAGCCUGUCCAUGUGCAGCACUGGAAGCAGCGGCAGCAGUCCUGCCGUGUCUCGAGGAGGCUUUGUACUGACGGCACACAGUGAAGCUGAGCUUCUGAAGGGAAAGAGGAAGAGUGGACUUUUCAGGAGAUCCAUUCUGUCCGGGCUUAAGCUGAGGAAAUCGGAGUCCAGGAGCUCUCUGGCCUCCCAGAGGUCUAAACAGAGCUCAUUUCGGAGCGAGGCAGGGAUGAGUACCGUGUCUUCAGCUGCAUCUGACAUCAACUCGACUAUCAGCCUCGGAGAUGCAGAUGCAGAGUUGGCAGUGGCCGAUGAUGACGUGGACGCCACGGCUACAGAGACCUACUGUGGCGAGUGGAAGAACGACAAGAGGACAGGAUUCGGAGUGAGCCGGAGGUCCGAUGGGCUGCAGUAUGAGGGGGAGUGGCUAAGCAACAAACGCCACGGCUACGGCUGCACCGCUUUCCCUGACGGUACGAAAGAGGAAGGGAAGUACAAGCAGAACAUCCUUGUGAGUGGAAAGAGGAAGAACCUGAUCCCACUCCGAGCCAGUAAGAUCAGAGAAAAGGUGGAUCGAGCUGUGGAGGGAGCGCAGAAGACGGCGGAUAUCGCACGGCAAAAAGCUGAAAUCGCUCUGUCCAGGACGGCUCACGCUCAGGGUAAAGCAGAAGCGGCAGUGGCGGCAGCUCAGAAAGCUCAAGAGGAGAGUCGCAUGGCCAGACUGACUGCCAAGCAGUUCUCGCCAUCAUUCCAGCACCCGGGAAAUGGCAUGGAGGUGCAACGUCCAAAAUGUCAAGUCUCCAGCGAGGUUGAGGGUGAAGGCUUGUCGAGUAGCGCUGGAACGGCGGACAGUCCUGACCUCUACGUGAAGAGCACCGGCUCAGACGACCCUUCCAACGCCACUCCGGAUCUAAGUCCUCCUUCUUCCUCACCUCCGCAUACACCUCCUCCCCCAAUCAGACCAUCCCAGCGCAGCAAAAGCGCUCGCUUCCAUCGGCAGAGUGCGGUUGACCACGGAGACAGAGGGAAAGAAGGAGGAGAAAAAACGGAGAAGGUUGGAGCUGGAGCUGGAGCGCAGACGGAAAUCCAGGUGUUGAUUGAGAGAGGAAGUAGAGACGGGGAAGGCGGAGGAAAAGUGGAAUACAUGAGGGCGAAAAGCUGGAGUGAGGAAAAGAGGAAAGGGAUGUCGCACAAAGCCGGAGAAGUCAUCGGCGGACAAGGAAUCAGCAGGGCCAAUGGACACAAACACGGAUCCUCCAAUCACAAGUCUCGGGGCCACGGCUCGUCUAAUCAUAAACAAGCCCGAGGAGACAGAUGGACAGAGACAUCGUCUUCUGUUUCUUGGACGUCUGGGCAGAGGGGGGCGCACGGCAGGGGAGGACGUCUCCUCGAGCAGGAUGAAGAGAAAAUUAGCAAUUAUGAAAUGGAGAUGAAGCCUUUACAGCCCAGAGACUCCACGAGCAAACCCCAUGGGCACGGCGAGGAAAAGCACGGACACAAUCAUUCCCACGGGGAGGGGUGCUCGCACACCUUGCAGCGACAGAGGCAUAAGAACCGAGAAGGGAAAGAAAGCAGGGAAGGGAAAGACCAGUUGGAGAGUGUACGACUGGGGGAGAAGAUGGAUUCUCGGCCUAUACGACGGGACCUAACCCUCUCCCCUCCUCUGAAGUCCUCCCCCAUCGCACCGGAGCAGCAGGAUCACAGACUCGCACCGCGCAAAGGACACUCAGUCUACAGCGCUAUCCUGGUUGCCAUGGUGAUUCUGCUCAACAUUGGAGUGGCUAUUUUGUUUAUCCACUUUUUUAUUUAAGAACAGCUUCGCUUUUUGGAAUGAGCCUAUACGUGCUAUGACUAUACUGUAAAUCCCGAUGUUAUCACAAAGGACCUGCUGCCCCUUUGUGCUCCUGGCAGAACGACUUCAUCCGUCUGAAGCGGACAUUGAGGGCUAAAAGGCAAAAUCGGGCUAAAGUGUGCUUCACGUGUGAGCUAACCGAUCUCGGCCCAGCUAACCGUGGAAGCUACGUUGCAGUGCAUAGCCCAAUGAAAUGGAUGUAAGAAGGGUACGCCAGCCUAGGUCGACUGGGCUGCAGGGACAUACUAUUACAGUCCAGAACCUGGACUAAAGUGAGCUUCACCGGUUCACAUAUUAACUGGAACUGGUCUGAUUCCCAGGCCAUGGCAUUACGGCAAGUAAUGCCUGCUUCCACUGACUGGAGAUAAAAUAUAUACUUUUUUCAUCUUCAAAAAUCAUAGUUUUCAACAGAUUUAUAAGUAAUUUAUUUCUGAACAUUUUCUCUCUUGUACACUCCUGAUCAAAAAUGUAUAAUUUCAAAGUUGAAAAAAAUUGCAAGAAUUUAUAUUUUGCACUGAAGGUCAAAAUGCAAAAUAAGGAAUGGGAAUUUUGAGUAACCGAUUUAUUGCAAAGAAGCAUAAUAAUAAUAAAUAGGCUAUACAUCAGCUUAUAUAAAGUUUGUUGUCCUGUUGAAAAACUACCAUUACCAUUACCACAUAGUCAUGAGAUGCCCCCUGCAACAUCUACACACAAUGACCAUUUGACGCCCCUGCACAACUCGAAGCUCAAUUGUUCCAUUAAAGGAAAAAAAAGGACCCCCACAUCAUAAUGGCGAUCGCUUCCCUGUGAGGUGUGGAUCUCCUUGCCAUGCCAGUAACGUUGGAAGUCAGAGUUACAUUUUUUUUUCCACCUUUCAAUGUCCCACACAGUCAUGAGAUACCCUCUGCAACAUCUACACACAACUACCAUUUGACGCCCCUGCACAACUAGGAAAAAAGGACCCCCACAUCAUAAAGGCGAUCGCUUCCCUGUGAGGUGUGGAUCUCCUUGCCAUGCCAGUAACGUUGGAAGUCAGUGUUAUUUUUUUUCCACCUUUCAAUGUCCCACAGUCAUGAGAUACCCCGUUCAACAUCUACACACAACUACCAUUUGACGCCCCUGCAACAACUCGAAGCUCAAUUGUUCCAUUAAAGGAACCACCUUUCAAUGUCCCAUUUUUGUUGCUUUCAUGCAAAUUCCAAAAGUUUUUGAAGACUUGGAAGACUUUUUUUCUUCUUAAAAUCCUUUUUUCACAGAUGCAGUCCGAUGGUUAGCACCAUUAAUAACCUGCAUUUGGUCCCGGGAAUCCUCCCCUAACUUGACAGCCAAUAGUAUCCCCCCGGCUCAGGGCUGGUGACCUGUCAAGCGUUUCACAUUGGUGUUACAUUUUUUUUCCACCUUUCAAUGUCCCACACAGUCAUGAGAUACUCUGUGCACCAUCUACACACAACCACCAUUUGACGCCCCUGCACAACUAGGAAAAAAGGACCCCCACAUCAUAAUGGCGAUCGCUUCCCUGUGAGGUGUGGAUCUCCUUGUAAUGCCAGUAACGUUGGAAGUCAGUGUUGCAUUUUUUUCCACCUUUCAAUGUCCCAUUUUUGGUGCUUUCAUGCAAAUUCCACAAGUUUUUGAAGACUUUUUUUCUUCUUAAAAUCUGAUGGUCAACAACCUUCAUUUGGUCCCAAGGAUCCUCCCCUAACUUGACAGCCAAAAGUAUCCUCCGGCUCAGGGCUGGUGACAUUUGUUUGGGUCAACUGUUUUGUUCCAUUUUGUUGUUUUUGUUCCAUAACCCUCAGGAUCUUUGAAGAAUUUUGAAAUGUCCGUCUUACAGCGAAACAACAGCAAUUCUACAAGAGACUUUGCUUAUGCAUCUCAAUAAUCUCACCAUCUCUGACAUUGAAUACACAUUUUUGGCCUUUAGAGAGUGUGGUCUUUAACUUUUGAUCAACUUUAAUGCUUGUUUGCAAUAAAUUGCUUCCUCAAAAAAAAAUUUGUUUCACAUCCAACUCUUCUUUGUGAAGAUUUGUAACAUUUUGAUCAGGAGUGUUUAAGCUGAUGGAUAUAUUAAUUUUGUAAACCCUACUCUUCGGUUCUUCCCCUUACCUGGAUGUUCUUCUUCUGAUGAUUUCUUUCAUCUGUGUCAAGAGAGACACACGGAGGUGCUGAAUCACAAGCUUGGCGGCCGCCUAUCCAUGUAACCUGGACAUACACACAUACGUAUACACACACAAUCAUUUUCACACACUUUACUUGUUUUCCCAUCCCACUCGUCAUUCUGCAUCGCUUGUGUGUGUGUGUGUAAAGUGCAUGACUUUGUGUGUGGUGUGUGUGUGUGUGCCUCCGCAAAGCCACAUCGCAUACAUCUCAUGAGGAUGCGCUCGCUAUUCAUCCACACCCAGCCUACCACCAUCCGUCUCUCCCUCCUACUCUCUUUCCCACCUCCACGCACCCGUCGGUGAGCUGUGCUUCCUCUGAGUUGGUGGUAGUUUAGGACAAAUCAUCCUUGGCAAAGCCCAACACCUGCUGCCUGCUGUGCAACUGGCAGAGGCUUUUAGAGACAAAUACUGCAUGAAUUCAAGUUCAUGCGGAAUUGUUGGUGUGACUUAGAAUGUAGGAAUCAUGCUCUGGUUUGGAUUUUACAACUGAAUCUAAGAAUUGAGCUUGGGAGUAGUGUCGGUUUAUGUCAGUUUAUGUAUACCAGAAAGAUGUUUGAUAAAGUGCAUGUCAACACCUGCAUUGGUUUCUAGUAGGGAUAGCCAUAAUAAUUGGUUAUUUGGGUAAUUUAUCCAUUGAUUAUUAAAAUGUAAGGUAACCAGCAGAGGUGCUGUUGAUUCGUUCUCAACUUCUUUGUAGUCUAAAAACGAAAAACAUCAGCGAAAACAGUGAUUCCAUGGAAUAUUAGUGUGUUGCGAGAGAUCAUCAGGUGAAAAUAUUCAUUCAUUCAUUUUCUACCGCUUUUUCCUCACAAGGGUCGCGGGGGUGCUGGAGCUGUCUUCGGGCGAGAGGCGGGGUACACCCUGGACUGGUCGCC